CGUCGAUGGAGCAGCACGCUAUUCUCCAGGUCGCGGUGCUGGCGUCGUUAGCCACGAUAAGCGCCUUUGUGGCCUUUAGCCUGUACCACAAGCGCCAGCAGCAGUUCGAGAUUGCGAAGCAACCGGAGGUGGUGGUCUCAACUCCCGAGGCACAACCGCCGACACAACAAAAACUAAAGCAGCAGAAAAUCCCUGCGGUCUUGCCCCCCCAGAAUGCUGAUACCAAGCCCACGCCCGCCGCCAACAUCGGGGAGCAGGAGGCCACAUUGGCUACCAAGAAAUACAAGGCCGGCGACUACGAUGGGGCGGUGGAGCUUUACUCUGUCGCCAUCUCCAAGUGCGAGCAGCAACAGCCGCUGGACGCCCGCAACCUUAAGGUCAUGUACUCAAACCGUGCUGCGGCUUACGAGAAACUAGAGGACUAUGAAAACGUAGUAGCCGACUGUACUAAAGCCCUGAAGCUGGACAAGCGGCACCCCAAGUCUUACCUACGUCGCGCCAAAGCUAGAGCCAACGCAGGAGACCUUCGCGGCUCACUGGUGGACUACGUAUGUCUACUAGUAAUCUCCGAAGAGAAACAGGAGCAGGUGGACGAGAACUUGGCUCAGGAGAUCAGUCGUAUCCACAGCGACAUCACCGCCAAGGAGAUCGAGGACGCCCAGCAGAACAAGCAGAACCCCACCCGCUACCUUCCUGACCAGUUCUUCGUCACAUCGUACUACUCGUCCUUCCAUCCGAGUGACGACGAAAAUGACGUCGUUGCGGAGAAAUCAUCGGAGGAAUACACGACCGAGCUACAUGCCCUCGAGGCCGGAGAUGACACGCGGCAGCAACGCGGAUGGUUGCUGACAAAGCGUGGGCUAGCGUUGAAGAAGGAGAAGGACUAUGACAUGGCUGCUAAAGACCUGGACGCCGCGUGUAAACUCGUGGAGCCCGAGGACGAGGCGUACUACACUGCUCAAAUUGAGAAUGGAACAUACCACCACUUGCGUGGAGAGUUUGAGCUCGCUCGUAAGUCAUUUGAGAAGUCCCUUAAUGCCAAGCCUCGCUCUAUUUUUGCAAAGAUCCGCAUGGGCGGACUAUGCUUUGACCAGAAGGACUUGAAAAAGGCGCUUGAGUGGUUCGACAAGGCUUUGGCUGAAAAGUCGGAGUGCUCCACUGCAUACUUCCACCGCGGCCAGCUCCACUCGAUCGACGUGUCACUCGAUGGAACGAGCAACGAAUCGUCCAUGGGGGCGGCAUUAAAUGACCUGGAGAAAUGCAUCAGCAUUGCUCCCGACUUUGCCAUGGCCUAUAUCCAAUUGGGUGUUACCCACGCACGGACCGGCAACUUCCAGGGUGCUGUAGAGUACCUGACGACGGCAGCUCGCAUUACGCCCGAUGUACCUGAGAUCUACAAUUAUCUUGGCGAGACUUACAUGCAGAUGCUCCAGGCCCCGGGUAGCACCGUUGAUUUGAAGACCGUGGAGGAAAUGUUCGAGGAGGCGAUUGAACUGGACCCAUCAUAUCCGAUGGCCUACAUCAACCAGGGCAACCUGUUGGUGCAGAAGGGUACGGAGUAUGGCCACCAGGCGCUUGCGUUGUUCGAAAAGGCAGUGGAGAUGUGUCCUCGCUCCAAGUUCGCGUACUGCCACCUAGCCCAAGUGUACAUGGCCAUGCAGGAAUACUCACGUGCCAUCGAGCAGAUCGACAAGGCCGUGGCCUUCGCCUUCAGCAAGGACGAGCUCAACGAACUGUUCGCCAUUCGCGUGACGGCCGAGACGCACCAACAGGCCUCCGUGCUGCUCCAGUAGUCAGCAAAAUGUCCUUGCAGACCAAUUAUCGGCUUGAACGGGUGUUACACCCUCGUUAUCUUGAUCAAUCUAAAAACAGAGGGUUGUCGGCUGCAUAGCACAAA